CGAGCGUUCCCAAGCUCCUCUGCCGCGCAAUCUUGCGACGACAUCAUCGCCAAAGCCACAACUGACUGCAGUCUUUCCUUGAGCCAAAGCACACAUCCAGUAUUGCCAACGGAGCCAUAACCGACAGCGACACCUCGAUCAGACACCCGCGACAGACAGUAUGGCCUUCAUCUUCACCUGCGGAACGCACACGUUCCAAAAACUACUCAAAGGCUACGAGAACGUCACCGUUCAGUGUGGGCGAUGCGGGAAUUGGUCAUGCAAGAUCUGUACAAAAUGGGAAUGGUUCACAUUCUGUUUCGUCCCGAUCAUCCCAUUCUCCCUCAAACCCUACCGAUUGAUCAAAUGCCAUAUCUGCCCAUUCGAAACCAACGUCGAGAACUCGGAUGAUGCGGUGCGACAAAUGCAACAGAUUGAUCAGGGAGGAGUGCCGAUGCAGCCACCGCAACAACAGCAGCCACACGGCGGGCCGCAUCAGGGCUGGAAUGCUGGGAAUCCCUACGGAGGUCAGCCAAACAUGAGCGGAGGAGCAGGAGGAGGGCAGUACCAGCAGCCACAGGGUAUGCCGCAAUACAAAUAGGGUCCUGGUAAAAGUGUAUUGCAGGACGGAGACAGUCCAGAAAUUGGCGUUGUUAGGGCAAGAGCAUGUCUGGAUUUGAGAUACCACAGCUUUUUACGCGUUAUUCGCGAGUAAUCGAGCCUUGAUUGAGGCCAAUUCUGCCGCAUCUGCUCCACUCUGAGCACCGGA